UUACCCGCAUGUCUACAUAUGCAUGUGCUUAUGAGAGAGAAAGAGAGAGAGAGAGAGAGAGAGAGAGUCCACAAGUAUUGGAUUAAUGAAGUGAAAAAUUAAGGAUUUCGAACAACUCGAUCGAUUAAAUUUGGAGGCGCGCGACAUGGAUUCUACUGCGGCUUCAGUGAUUACUAAGCUGUCUCUUGUGUAUCUCAUCUGUUGUUCCAUACUCCACACCUCCGGACAGCUCGCUGCAGCCACUCCCAACAAACUCCCCCCCUCCGAAGUGCGGGCGUUGAGAGAGAUAGCGAGGAGGAUGGGGAAGAGAGAUUGGGAUUUCAGGAAGGAUCCUUGCAGCGGACAAGGGAAUUGGAGUGUUCCUUCUACCAAUACCAAGAGCUUCGAGAGCAAUGUCACUUGCGAUUGCACUCUCAACAAUUCCACCACCUGCCACGUCGUCAGAAUAGCUUUGAAAGCCCAAAAUAUUUCAGGAGGUGUCCCGCCAGAGUUUUCAAAACUUCGCCACCUGACAAUAUUGGACCUUAGUCGCAACUGCUUCAAUGGAUCUAUACCUCCCCAGUGGGCCACAAUGCAAUUGGUUGAACUCUCUUUCAUGGGGAACCAGUUGUCCGGUCCCUUCCCAGAGGUCCUUACCAAAAUCACCACCCUUAAAAACUUGAGCAUUGAAGGAAACCGCUUCUCAGGGCCUAUUCCCCCGCAGAUUGGGAAAUUGGUUAACUUACAGAAGCUCAUUCUAUCAUCAAAUUCUUUCACUGGAGAACUGCCGGUGACGCUUGCCAAAUUGACCAACUUGACUGACAUGAGGAUAAGCGACACCAAUUUUACUGGGAAGAUACCAGAAUUCAUUGGGAAAUGGACGAAGAUUGAAAAACUGCACAUACAAGGUUCUCUAUUUGAGGGGCCAAUUCCUUCGAGCAUUUCUUCUUUGACAAGAUUAAGUGAUCUGAGAAUGAGCGACUUAAAAGGUGGAGAGUCUAGUUUUCCGCUUUUACAUGACAUGGAAUCCAUGAAGACACUGAUCCUGAGGAAAUGUUCAAUCUCUGGAGAGAUACCUGGAUAUAUUGGGGAUCUGACAAAACUGAAACAUAUAGACCUAAGUUUUAAUUCCUUCAGCGGUGGAAUCCCAACAUCCUUUGCCCAACUAACGAAAGUAGAUUCCAUGUAUUUGACGGGUAACAGACUUAGUGGACCAAUACCCGGAUGGAUCCAGUCAAGGAAUAAGAUUGUGGAUGUUUCUUACAACAAUUUCACUUGGGAAAGCUCAGGUCCAACGGAAUGUCCUCGCGGAAGUGUAAACUUGGUGGAGAGCUGUUCUGCCUCUGCUGACAACAAACUAAGCAAAGUUCAACCAUGCCUAAAGAAAAACUUCCCCUGUUCUGCGACGAGUAAUCAAUAUUAUUCCUUGCACAUAAACUGUGGUGGCAAGGAGGUGGUUGUCAAUGAUACCAAGUAUGAAGCUGAUUUAGAACAAAAAGGUGCUUCAACCUUUUACUCAGGACAGAACUGGGCCUUUAGCAGCACGGGAAUUUUCUUGGAUAAUGACAUCGAUUCCGAUGUUUACAUUGAUACCAACGUUUCCACUCUGCAUAAUGUCACGGCACCUGAUUCAGAACUGUACACAACAGCACGCGUAUCGCCCCUCUCUCUCACGUACUAUGGACUAUGUCUUAUGAAUGGGAAUUACACUGUCAAACUCCAUUUUGCCGAAAUUGUUUACGCGAAUGACAAAUCAUUUAACAGCCUUGGAAGGCGAAUCUUUGAUGUCUAUAUCCAGGGAAAGUUGGUGCUGAAGGAUUUUAAUAUCGAAGAUGAUGCUGGUGGGGCUGGUAAGCCCACAGUGAAGAAUUUUACUGCAGAAGUGACAAGCCACACGUUGAAGAUUCACUUUUACUGGGCUGGAAGAGGGACCACAGGCAUCCCUGUUAGAGGGGUUUAUGGUCCGCUUAUAUCUGCUAUCUCUGUGGAUCCUAACUUUGAACCUCCUUCAGGCAAAAAGAUCAAUUAUGGAGUUGUGAUUGGGGCUGUGGCUGGAGCUAUAUUUCUUGUCCUUCUUGUCCUAUGUAUUCUGCGGAGGAAAGGCUUGUUGGGAGGCAAAAUAUCUGUAGAUAGAGAGCUUAGAGGACUGGAACUACAAACUGGAUUAUUCUCACUAAGACAGAUAAAAGCUGCAACCAAGAACUUUGAUGCAGCGAACAAGAUAGGAGAGGGUGGUUUUGGUUCAGUUUACAAGGGUCUAUUAUCAGAUGGAACAGUGAUUGCAGUGAAGCAACUUUCAUCAAAAUCUAAACAAGGGAAUCGCGAAUUUGUGAAUGAAAUAGGCAUGAUUUCUGCAUUGCAACAUCCAAAUCUCGUAAAGCUGUAUGGAUGCUGUGUUGAAGGAAACCAGCUGCUUCUGGUUUAUGAGUACAUGGAAAAUAACUGUGUAUCACGCGCUCUUUUUGGAAGGGAUGCAAGCUGCAAGUUGAAACUAGACUGGCCCAUCAGGCGGAAAAUUUGCUUAGGAAUAGCCAGGGGUUUGGCAUACCUCCAUGAGGAAUCGAGACUGAAGAUUGUGCACAGAGACAUUAAGACUAGCAAUGUGUUGCUUGAUAAGGACCUCAAUGCUAAAAUUUCUGAUUUUGGGUUGGCUAAGCUUUAUGAGGAUGAUCACACCCAUAUCAGCACUCGGGUUGCUGGAACUAUUGGUUAUAUGGCACCUGAGUAUGCAAUGCGUGGUUAUUUAACCGACAAAGCAGAUGUUUACAGUUUUGGAGUAGUUGCACUAGAGAUUGUCAGUGGGAAGAGCAACACAAACUACAGGCCAAUGGAAGAAUUUGUUUACCUUCUUGACUGGGCUUACGUUUUGCAAGAGAGAGGGAGUCUACUGGAACUGGUUGAUCCUGACUUAGGUUCAGAAUAUUCAUCAGAGGAAGCAAUGGUGAUGCUAAAUGUGGCCCUUUUGUGCACCAAUGCAUCACCUACUCUAAGGCCUACAAUGUCCCAAGUGGUGAGCAUGCUCGAAGGCCGAACCGCAGUCCAAGACCUACUUUCAGACCCUGGGUUUUCGACCAUCAACUCAAAGUUCAAGGCCAUAAGAAAGCAUUUCUGGGAGGAUCCGAGCGUAUCCCAUAGCAUGUCAACAAACGGUCCACAUAGUGAUUCCUCGCUUUGGGACAUAGAAAAGGAAGAGAUUAACAUCCUUUUGAGACUCGAUUCAGUUAUACAUGACAAGGAAGUAUCAUCCUAGUAAACUAGUUGAAUGAAUAUAGUAGUUGGAAUGCUCUUUGUAUAGGUUCUCAAUAUAGGUCAGAGUGGAAGUAAUAGAAGACUUAUAUUUUGAGCAUGCUAUUACAAAAUAUAAGUCUACUUUCACUUGUUUAUGCAUGUUUAUUCCAGUUUUACAAUGAGACCCCAUAUGUUUAUCUAAUUUUUUUUUAUAUGGAUGCUUCCGCGCAAAUGUUUUCUUUGUUUA